GAGAAUCUAUAAAUUGUCACGUAACUUUUGUCAUGAACUUCGGGAAGACGAAUACACUAGAACCAGAGAGCCCAAGUAAGUGGAAGGUUAAAUUGCCUCUCACCAAGAAUAAUUGGAAAGAAGCAAACAACGGGGUUCGAUGGAAUGGCAGAUGGCGACUGAUAAAACUUCAAGCGAAAUUCCUGUCAAUGAUGACAAUACUCGAAUUAGAUUACAUGUCAUAAAGACUUUUCAGUGGAAUGCCGUAGCUUCGUGGAAUUGGGCCACAGAAAUGGAAAUUUGUGCCAUUUGUCGAUGUAAAAUCUCGGAUUUAUGUAUCGAAUGCUUAGCCCAGAAAGAUCAGGAGGGUGAAGAAUGUCCUGUGGCUUGGGGAAGUUGCAAUCACGCAUUUCAUUUCCAUUGCCUUUAGCGUUGGCUGAAGAAAAGACAAGUUUGUCCUUUAGAUAACCGAGAAUGGCACUUCCAAAAGUACGAGUGAUGAAGGUCUUUCAUUUACAAAAAUGGCAAUGUGUAUUGUAUGACACUUUCUACAAUGAAGAAAUUUGAAAAAGAAAAUAUUUUACAAAACCGAUUGAUUUUCAAAUUAUUUUUUUUAUUUAUUCUCUUUUGGCUGAGCCCAUUAUGGAUAAAAUAACAAAGGUUCUUUUAAUUUCUAUAGGGCAGACAAUUUAAUAACAAAUGGUUAAACAGAAUACACAUA